AUGACGUCAACCACUAUCAAUCUUCCGGCAGAGAUCCUGGAGCAGAUCUUGAAAGACGUUCUCCAGCCAAGCUUCCCGGAAUGCGCUUCUCCAGCGACCGCUGCUGAAGUCGAGCACCUAAAUCAGCGGAAACUCAAGGAAAGAAUCCGGUCAAUAACUAAGAUGAGGCUAGUGUGUCGAAAAUGGGCAGAUUUUCUCUACCAACGCCAUCUCUUUGAUGAGCUUUUGAUCAAGUCUUCUUAUAGAGCAAAAGACAUUAUGAAGGAACUUGCUCAUCGAUCGGCCGCGGGUCAGCCACUUCCCGAGUGCCGAUAUCUGAAAGUUCACCAGCUCUGGACUUGGCUGGAACCUGGUAUGUCUUGGCCUCGGGCGAAGACUCAAUUUUCGAAUUUGGAUUCUCUGCUCGAACAAUUCUCCGAGACGAUCGUCGCACUCGACAUUCGAGUGCUCAAUUUUUUUACACUUCCGAUGGCAACUGUCGAGCGAAUAGGUCGCUUGCCGAAUCUACGUUUUUUGAGACUUGGAAUCGAUUUCGACCGGCGAGGGACCAAAACUUUCAAAGGAGUAUCAUACUCUGAAGAUUCAAUCCCGAACGACCUACCGACCGAUUCGAAAUGUCUAGCGUAUUUGCUCAGAGCAGCUCGGAGAGUUGUCUCUCUCGAUUUGACCAACUUCCGCCCAGUUUGUUCACCAGGAUCGCUUCAAAGAAUCUUAGGUGCCUAUCAGUUUCCCGAACUAAAGAUGCUAAAAGUCGACCUGGAAGAAAGCCAAAAUGCCAACCAAUUUGGAAUUGUAAUACUCGCGACUCGGCUACCAAAUCUCAAGGUGCUUUGGAUUGGGGGUGCUGGUCAUCAAGAAGGUUGCAUUCUUCAUCCCCUUUUUCAAGUUCUCAGGAGACAGCUGGAAGAGAUCUUUUUCAAUGACGAAAGACUCAUGGGACACAUUACCGACCUGAGAUUCCCGAAGCUACGAGUGCUCAGACUGCACGAUUGGGGAUACCUCUUGCGGCGACCUAUGAUGGCGCAGGCACCCUUGGAAGUUCUUGCGCUUCACUGUUUUCCGUUUCACAAAAGUGGCCACCAUCUGCUUUCUGUUCCUUUCCGCGCCCUGCCGCAUUUGAGACGACUAGAAUUUCAUGAAGCCAAGACGUUUCCGCCACCAUCCCGUUACCAAGAAUCAUGCAAAGAAUACGGUGUGGAAUGUGUCCUUCCUCACCAGGAUGAUGUUGAUGAGUACGGUCGCCUAAUUAUUAAUUUCGAUACUUCUUCCGUGUUGCAAAAUCAGUUCAGGAUAUGA